AUUUAGCAAUUUAUACACUAAAAAGGAAUGAAAUGAAGGGACUAAACAUUAGUCCCUAUAAACCAAACACCCCUUAAGUUUUCUAUUUAAUUACCAUCAUCCACCACGACAUCACGCUAUACACACAGAUCACUCUGCUCCACGCGCGCAUGGGCGCGCACAAUACACUAGUGAUGAUAUGAACGAGAAAAAAGAAUGCGAGGGAGUAGAAUCCCUGGGCCGCAGCCUACUAGACAGCCCAAUUUGUUGGGGCGCGUUAUGGCGUGUGAGCUUUUUGGCUUCGUCGGUUCAGGUACUCUUCCUCUACACGAAAGGUCGCCGAUACGCGCCCCUUGCAUUGCAGACGCUGGUAUGCAAAUGCAAUGCGAGACUCGAGCUCGCUCUUGUUCGCCGCGCGCAUUGACGGCCAAUCGGCGUUGCUGCACUCGGCUCUCUUUUUUUCCCUUUAUACUUUUUCUGCCCGUUAAGCACGUACGUAGAUACACAUAGUUUGGUGUACAGCACUAGGCACGCACGAUUGCUCUUGCUCGCAACACAGCUGCCGCUCCAGCUCGCUCUUCUUCAGUCACCCAAUAUCCCCAGGCCUACUACCAACCAGCCCCCGCGUCCAAGAUCUCUCCCUCCCACGGCCCGCUCGGACUCCCCGGCGCAAUGGCGACCGACGCGAUCCUGGAGACGAUCAAGCCGCGGCGGAGCGAGGAGCAGCUCCCGGUGACCACGGCGGCCGCCGCCGGCACCAGGCUGCGGCGGCGCGUGUCCUCGUUCUCGGCGCACGUGAGGCCGCCGCCGGGGCUGUCGUCCUCGGCGGCAGCGGCGUUCCGGCGCGCGAGGUCGAUGCCGACCGCCAAGGCGCUGGCGGCGGCGGGCGCGCUGCGGCGGUGGUGGGAGUGGGUGACGGCGCCGUUCGCGCCCCGCGGCGACGACGACGACGAGGCAAGGCCGCUGGGCGGUUGCCGCUGCGCCUGCGCCGGCGGACCGGGCGGGUGGCGCCACGUCCUGGUCAGGCUCCGCGCCGGCGCGCGCCGACUGCUGGGCCGCGACGGCCGCCCGCUCAAGGCCGCCGCGCCGCCGGACUUCGGCUACGACUCCGUCAGCUACGCGCGCAACUUCGACGACGGCGAGGCGUGAUGCGGGUGGUGGCGGGACGGCCGUGGCGGUGGCGGCCGGGCGUGGAUCACAGGAUCAGCAGUGGUCCAGCUGUCGCAAUAAAGCAAUUGAAUUUUGUUUUUCGGUGGUGUAUAUGGCAAUAUGGCAUGGCUUUUACAUAUGUACUAGAAUAUGGUGGUCGUGUGUAUGGUGGUAUCGCUCGAUCUCGGAAGGAAAGACGAUCGAUCGAGCGUUGCCGCGAGCUGGAGGCCUGGACCAUGAAUGGUCCGGUCCGUGAACGAACAUGUAACUAGUGUUCUUCCGUCGUCGUUGUUUUCUUGCAUGCUCCUUGAAUGAACACGCCAUGGUCCAUGGAUCCGCUUCGAGAAUCAGAGCAGAGCAGAGCAGAGAAGGUUCAAAGCAACGGAAGCGCAGCCUUUCAGCUAGAUAAGAGCAGAGCGGAGAAGGUUCUUCCUCCUCACCCGCCCUCUCGUCAGAUUCAAGAGCAGGUUCAGAUUCAGAUCUGCUUCGGCUUCGGUGUCCCUUUCGCUGCAGCGGCGGGAGCGCGACAUGGCAGCUACAGGGCUACUACAACUACCACUGCUGGCUGCCCCCCCGUCUCGGUCCGGCCAGAUCGGUGCCGAGACAGCAACCAGACCCCUGCACGCCCGACUGCAAAUGCAAGAUGGCACGCGACCUCGCCGACGUGGCCACGCAUGUGGAGAGGACAUUAUUUUUUUAUAUAAAAAAAAGCUCUAUUGUUUUUAGGACAACUGUAAUUAUAUCUUGGCUGGUCUUGU